CACAUAUCAGGUUUUAGUGAUUUUUCCUCGAAAAAAGCAUCUCACGAUCUAUCAUAUCAAGAUAUUUCAAAGUAUUUCUCCUUCCCUAAUAACCCACCCUAAAUCCUCAAAAGCCACUCCCCUUUCAUUUCCAUCAAACUCACACCCAUUUCGAGUUCCCUCCUCCCUUCUCCCUUCUUUCUAUACUAUCAUUUCGUACCUUCAAUAUCUUUUGAAUGUGUGUUUCUCUGUGCGUAUGUGAGUGUAUGUAUCUGCAUGCAUGUAUAUAAGUGAACGUAUGAAUAUUGAAGGAUUUUAUGACGUUCGAUCCUUAAAGGAAACAAAAAAGGAAGAAAAGAAAAAGAAUAUCUUUUCACUCCUCAUAUUCAUAUAUCUCUAUCGUUGUCCCUUUUUUAUGGUCUUCACCCUUUACCCACUUUUAUUCCCCUAUCCCUAUCCUUCUUAUCCAUCUUAUUUACCUCUGCACUUUCCUUUCCCCCAUUCCUCUUUUUGUUAAUCCUAUCUUUCUUAUUGCGAGAGAUAAAUCCGUGCGGAUUCGUCUCUCUUAAUUAUUAAUCGUGUGUAUGUAUGAGUCAGAAGGGUCUCUAAUGCUCUGUCUUCCCAUUGCUGCGUCGAAAAAAAAGACAAAUUAGAUGUAACGAAGUUUGUUGACUGUAUACAUAUUAUAUAUAUAUGUGUGUGUAUAUAUAUAUAUAUAUAUAUAUAUAUAUAUAUAUAUAUAAAUUUGAAAUAUAUAAGAAUAAAUAUAUAUGUAUAUAUAUAUAUAUACGUAUACACUAUAUGAUACACAUAUAUGCAUAUAUAUAUAUAUAUAUAUAUAUAUAUAUAUAUAUAUAUAUUUAAACAUGCAAACACGUAGAGUGUGUUCGGAAUAAUGAAAAAAAAAAUUAAUUAAUUAAUUAAUUAUGUUGUUAUUCUACCGACGUAAACAGAGAUACGAAUGUUUCGUGUAUGGGAGAAAAGAAAAAAGAAAAAAAGAAACAAACAAACAUACAAAAAAUGAAAAGAAAAGGAGAUUUUAAGAGUAGUAGGUACUUACUUACUUACUGCUGAUGAUUGCUUACUUGCUUGCUGGCUUGCUUGCUUGCUUACUUUUUUUCUCUCUCUUCGUUUUCGUAUAAUACGAGAUCGAUCGUUCGUUCAUUCGAUGUGCGACGUAAAAAGACGACGAAAAAGCGUGGUUUUUUAAAAGACGCCAAGCGAGAUUAGAACCGAAUGAUCGUGUCGAUCAACUCAUUCCGUUUCUUUUUUUAUUUCUCUUUUUUUCUUUCUUUCCUUCUUCCUCUUUUCCAUUCUUUCUUUUCCUUUUCUUUUUUUUUCGGUUAACUGAAUGUUCCUCGUAGCAACGAAAUGAUUGCAUGCAAAUCCAUAUAGCGAAUAAAUCGAACGUCGUCGAUCGUUUAUUCUUUAUCUCUCUUUUUUUUUUUUUCUUUUUAGAAACCUGAGAGAAAUAUUUUUCGAUUGAAAGACACAACGAAUCGGGUCGACACGAUUGUGCGGCAUAUAAAUUAACGGGCUAAAUACAAUUGAUAUUUAUCGAAUAGAAAGAAUAGGGUGGGGAAGGAGUAAUAAAAAGGAAAAGAACAAAAUAAUUUGUAUUAUCGAUGACUCCUUUUUUUUGUUUGUUUGUUUAUAUGUUUGUAUGUUUGUUCAUCUUUUUUCCUCCAGAUUGCGUCUAAUCGUUUUCUUUUCUGUUACGUUGGAAAUUUUCGAACACUCUAUACGUACACAUAAGUAUAUAAAUAUAUAUAUAUGUAUAUGUAUAUAUGUAUACAUACAUAUAUACAUAUAUAUAUUUAUAUAUAUAUAUAUAUAGAAACGUACACACACAUACACGCAUAUACACAAAUGUAUAUGUAUAUAUGGAUAUGUAUCACGGGCGUACACGUACACACAUACACAAUGCGCUUAAGAAUAAUUAUAAUAUACACAAAAACACACAGCAGACAGACACGAUACAUACUGUACACGAGGCACUGCGUCGAGAUAGUUGAAACGCGGAUUACAAUACAUACAUAUAUUGCUAUUGUCGAUUUAACCUCCAUAUGAAAACAAUACAUAUAUAUAUAUAUAUAUAUAUAUAUAUAUAAGAAAAAAGAAAAAAAAAAAGAAGAAUAAGAAAUUAAAUCAAGAAAAUCGAAUAAGAAUGAGUGGUGGGGAAAGAGAGGCAAGAAUAAAAUAAGAAAAGAGGGGCAACCAAUAGUUCGCCGUUCAAGUUUGUGAUUUGAUAUAAAUGAGCUGCGAAAAGACGACGAAUUAAACGUGAUCCAUUAUAUGAUAUCGGCUCGUGUCUCGGCAUUUUUUGUCUCGAACGAAAUGGCCGCCAUUCGGAAACAAAAUGGCUGGCCAUUGGCAUGUCUGCCAUCACUCGUAUCACGCGACGUAAUCGUUUAAGAUCGAUCGUCAACGAAGCUGCACGAGUCUUAAUAAGGGACGAAACUUUUCGAGAGGAUAAAACAAACCAAGGAAAAAAAAAUGAGAGAAAAAAUUAAAAAAAAGG